GAGUCGGGGACGCGCUGGUGAAAAUGUUGCGCAGGAAGAAAGCCGAGGGGUUGUCUGUAUGGAGCUAUCUGCUAUAGGAGAGCAAGUGUUUGCAGUGGAGAAUAUCAGCAAGAAACGCGUCAGAAAGGGGAGAGUGGAAUAUUUUGUGAAGUGGAAAGGAUGGCCACCAAAGUACAGUACGUGGGAACCCGAAGAUCACAUUCUGGAUCCCCGGCUCGUCAUGGCUUAUGAGGAAAAGGAGCAGCGAGACCGGGCGCUAGGACACCGGAAGCGAGGCCCCAAACCGAAGCGGUAUCUGUUGCAGCGGAUUUAUGGGAUGGAUCUGCGGAGUGCGGCCAAGCUGAAGGAGAAGGGGAAGUUGCACCUGUCCCUGUCCAGACAGUUUGAUGGGACUUCAGUGUCGAGCCUGGGUCAGCGGGAACAUGGGGAAAACGGGAAACGGAUCCAGUUUUCCCUCAGCCGGAAGCACAAGUUUUUCAAGCUGGCCAAGCCUGGCUCUGCUCGAGAGCCCAGUGAGAUCGCGGAGAGGCACAGGGCUAGUGAGUGCUCCGAGGACGAUACUGGCAGGGAGUUGAGUGAGAAAUUCGCGGAUUCGGAAUUCGAGGAUGAGUUGCAGAGUGAGAGCUGUCCUGAGGCGACAGAAGGCUCCGCCUCUCCCAUCCGGACAACUGCCUCGAUUCCCAAAGGCUGGCAACCUUCCGUUCCCCUCGGCAAUGUCACGGUAACCGAUGUCACGGCAAACUCCCUGACUGUGACCUUUCGGGAAGGCCAGGCUGCUGAGGGAUUCUUUAGGGACCGGAGUCUGAGCUGCUGAAAAACAAACAGAUUUACAUCCGUCCUGUCAAACAUUUUAUUCAUUUUUCCUAAAAGAGAAACAAGGCUCCAUAUUUAUAAAUACAGAGUGUACGUAUUUACCAUAGGAAUGGUUAGGGUCUGCAGGCUAUCCCACAGGGGUUAGAUACCUCUUCAGAAUAGGAGAGGUGAGUGUUGAGGAGUGAGUAUGGAGGAGGAAGAGGAGGGAGUGAGGGAGGACAGGGAGGAAUGAGAAGCCAUGUAGGGAGAGCAGGGAGGGAUGUUUGG